AUGGCAACGUUGCGGUGGCCGUGCAAUCCGGAUGUGCGCACUGAGUACAAUACUUUGUCUCUGGCGCUUCGCGACUUGCCGGAUCUCCCGGCAUUGCACAUAUGUAAUCUCGCCAUUGCCGCAGUCGCACCUGAAGCAGGCGAUCUUCUGCUGAAGCGCCUGACAGACCCGGAAGAACUGGAGAGAGUGGUGGAGAGCACACCUGCCGAUCGAGGUUGGGCCUUCGCGCAAUUGACCAUCUUGCGCAUGUCCUUUCGUCCUAAUCACGAUGAUCCUGCGCCGCCUGCAGCAUUGAAGGGACAUCAAGGGCGUUUGCUGGAAGCGUUUGCAGCUCUGACGCGGCUCUUGGAGGCCCUCAAUGUCGCGGUGCCGCCUCGCGAGAUUAUAGCAUUGCCCGUCCCGUCGGAUGAGGAGGGAUAA